UGAGAAGUAAUAGUCAAGACACUCCCUACACUCUCCAAAUGAGUGAGAGCCUGAGUAGCAGAGAGACCAGCUUUCUCAUCAAUGAAGAACAGACGCCUGCAAAGCGAUUCAAUUUGUUCCUGAGGCGGCGUCUUAUGUUUCAAAAGAGUAAACAAAGCAAAGAUUCUAUCUUCUUCCGAGAUGGGAUCAGGCAGAUUGAUUUUGUGCUGUCCUAUGUUGAUGACAUAAAGAAAGAUGCUGACAUAAAGGCGGAAAGAAGAAAAGAGUUUGAACAAAAUCUCAGAAAAUCAGGUCUUGAGUUGGAAAUUGAAGACAAAAGGGACUCCGAGGAUGGAAGAACUUACUUUGUCAAGAUCCACGCCCCUUGGGAGGUACUCGCUACUUAUGCAGAAGUGUUGGGAAUCAAGAUGCCUAUUAGGGAGAGUGACAUUCCGCGGCCCGAGCACAUGCCUUUUAAUUGCAUGCUCACGCCUGUGAAGCUCCCUGAGAGUGUGAAGUAUCCGCGUCCUGAAUAUUUCACUGUCCAGUUUAACAGACAUCGGCAGGAGCUCUUCCUCAUUGAAGAUAAAGCAACCUUCUUCAAAUCCUCAUCGAGAAACAGAAUUGUGUACUAUAUUCUUUCACGGUGUCCUUUUGGCAUAGAAGAUGGGAAGAAAAAGUUUGGGAUUGAAAGAUUGCUAAAUUCGAACACUUAUUCAUCUGCCUACCCUCUCCAUGAUGGCCAGUACUGGAAGCCAUCAGAACCUCCCAAUCCUGUCAAUGAAAGGCACAUACUUCAUAAGAACUGGGCUCGGUUUUCCUAUUUUUACAAGGAGCAGCCUUUGGAUUUGAUUAGGGAUUAUUAUGGAGAAAAAAUUGCUAUCUACUUUGUCUUUCUUGGUUUUUACACAGAAAUGCUGUUCAUUGCAGCGUUGGUUGGCUUAGCUUGCUUUAUUUAUGGCUUAUUAUCAAUGGACAGUCACCCAAGCAGCAUGGAAAUCUGCGACCCUAACAUUGGCGGUCAGAUGAUCAUGUGCCCGCUCUGUGAUCGAGUGUGUGAGUACUGGAGACUAAAUACCACGUGCUGGGCUUCAAAGUUUGCCCAUUUAUUUGAUAAUGAGUCAACAGUGUUCUUUGCAAUAUUCAUGGGAAUAUGGGUCACGCUGUUUCUGGAGUUUUGGAAACAGCGACAAGCCAGGCUGGGGUAUGAGUGGGAUCUGGUGGACUUCGAGGAGGAACAGCAGCAGCACCAGCUGAGACCCGAGUUCGAAGCCAUGUGCAAGCACAGGAAAAUGAAUGCCAUCACAAAGGAGAUGGAACCUCAUAUGCCUCUGCUUCGUCAUAUUCCAUGGUACUUCUUAUCAGGAGCCACGGUGACAUUGUGGAUGGCUCUUGUGGUCACCAGCAUGGUGGCUGUGAUCGUGUACCGCCUGUCGGUCUUUGCCGCGUUUGCGAGCUUCAUGGAAAGUGAAGCAUCCUUACAGGAAGUCAGACAGUUCUUCACUCCCCAACUGGCCACAUCACUGACAGGAUCCUGCUUGAACUUUAUUGUCAUCUUGAUCUUGAAUUUCUUUUAUGAAAAAAUCUCUGCCUGGAUUACAAAAAUGGAACUUCCUCGAACUUACCAGGAAUACGAGAGCAGUCUUACUCUGAAAAUGUUCCUGUUUCAGUUUGUGAAUUUUUACUCGUCUUGCUUCUACGUAGCUUUCUUUAAAGGGAAGUUUGUGGGCUAUCCUGGAAAAUACACGUAUUUAUUUAAUGUGUGGAGAAGUGAGGAGUGUGAUCCUGGGGGCUGUUUAGUAGAGUUGACAACCCAGUUGACCAUCAUAAUGAUUGGGAAACAGAUUUUCACGAACAUUAAAGAAGCAAUUUAUCCCUUGGUUUUUAAUUGGUGGAGACGUCGAAAAGCUCGGACUAACUCUGAGAAACUGUAUAGUCGCUGGGAGCAGGAUCACGAUCUUCAGAGUUUUGGACAACUUGGGUUAUUCUAUGAGUACUUAGAAACAGUGAUCCAGUUUGGCUUUGUCACACUAUUUGUGGCAUCUUUCCCGCUGGCCCCUCUUUUUGCCCUCAUGAACAACAUUGUAGAGAUCCGAGUGGAUGCCUGGAAACUGACUACCCAGUACAGGAGACCUGUAGCUGCCAAGGCGCACAGCAUAGGUGUUUGGCAGGACAUCCUUGCCGGCAUGGCGGUGCUUUCUGUCGCAACUAAUGCCUUUAUUGUUGCGUUUACGUCAGACAUCAUCCCCCGUUUAGUUUACUACUAUGCUUACUCCACAAACACCACGGAGCCUUUGAGCGGCUAUGUCAACAACAGCCUGUCAGUAUUCCUGAUAGCUGAUUUUCCAAAUCACACUGUACCUUUGGAUGAACGAGACUACACCACUUGCAGAUACAGAGAUUACAGAAAUCCCCCUGGGGAUGAGAAUAAGUACCUUCAUAAUAUGCAGUUCUGGCAUGUCCUUGCUGCCAAGAUGACGUUCAUCAUAAUCAUGGAACACAUUGUGUUUCUUGUGAAAUUUUUGUUGGCCUGGAUGAUACCUGAUGUUCCCAAAGAUGUUGUGGACAGAAUCAAACGGGAAAAGUUAAUGACUGUCAGGAUUCUUCAUGAUUUUGAACUCAACAAACUAAAAGAAAAAUUGGGACUGAAUCCUAAUGAAUUUGCCAAGCAUGUCAUGAUCGAGGAAAACAAAAUGCAGCUGGCUAAAUCCACAAUUUAAUCGGCGCAGCAGGGGCAGCUGGUUGCCUGCCUCCACCUGUUCUCUCUGGGGUUAGGGCCAGAUGGCAGAGGCCCCGUGUCAACUUACCUUGUUUUUAAUUUUAACUCAAAGUUUUUAUAUACUUUUAAGAAGCCAGCUUUGUGGGGUUGGAGGAGUACCACUAUCUACUGUUUCCUGGGAUGCUGUGAAUGAGUGUUGAAGGUGCACGGAGAAUCCGAACACAGGAAAUCAAGAGUGCUGCAGUUCCGGAAGAAACACGGGCUCGGACUGUGUCUCCACUUCCCAGCGCAUCUGCACAUUUUUAUGGUCUUUUAUUGUGUUGUAUUUUUUAUUUCCCUCUCAUCAAGAAAAAAUAGUCCAAGAAGAAGGAGAGCAAGGAGGUUUUCUGAGUUCUAGAGCCUGCCACUUUAAAUUAUGCAAAUGAAAUACCAAAACCAUUCAUAAUAAAAUUCACAUUAAUCAAGUUGGAUAAAUAUCGCAGCAGAAGUUUAUUCUUGAAAUUGUCUGAGAUGAGUUAAGCUUUCAUCAGAAUCUCAGAUACUUUUCCUAGGCACAUGCAGUAACCAUUUCUUCCCCCAAAGAUGAAAUGUUUGACUUUCAACAAAAGACUAACAUCAAGGUUGUUGAAGAUAGCAUAUCGGCAACAGUAUUUUCAAGAUUUGUGGUCAUCUGUGGAAAUACUCAAGCACAUGAGCAGUAUUGUAAAGAAGUAAAUGUAUUUUCUUAGUGAAGAGUGCAGGAAAAUACAUAUUGGUUAAUUUAUGCACUUCAGAAAGUUGUUGAGGAUUUUAAAGUUACGUUUUUUCUGUAAUGCCUAUUUUGUAUCAUGAAGCCUUUUUGAGCACGGUCAGUGUAAGCUAGAAAUAAGUAGUUUGUCGAAUGACCUCUCUGCUUUGAAGAAAUCCCAAAUCUCUGAACACGUUUACGACAUUUUCAUAUUGGUGCACCUCCUUACACAAUACUCAGUGCCUUUUUCCUACGCCUUUGACACAUGAGAAAUGGUAGUGUCAGCUGCUUCUUUUACAAGAUGUAACAUGUCAUCUAUGAGAGACACUCAGUGGAAAAGCCACUGCAUAUUUAACACUAAACAGUCAACCAAGUAAGAAAAAGGCGAUGAACUUGAUUAACUGAAGAAUACAUUUCUUGAAUUAUUCCGCUCAAAUUUAGGCCUGUAUACAUGCAUGACAAUUCUCGCUCCUAUUUCUGAUUCUGGUUACUGUAUCACUAGGCUAUGUAUAAAUAUAUAUAUAAAAUAUAUGUGAAUUCUGCUAGAGUGAAAGAUACAACCCAGUUAUAUAAUGUUUGAAUCUCAAGUUUCAAAUUGGAAUUGAAUUCCAGAAGACUAGUGCUCUUUUGUCAUACACAUCUGAAGAAACUUUAUGACAAGGUUUUUAAAUUGGUAUUUCUUUAUCUAACGUUAAUGAAUUUUAUGGGAUGGCUGAUAUUUAAUAUAUGACAGAGUAUUAACUACUGAUCAAUAUUAAAUUUUAGAACUAAGGAUGAUUUAUUUUAUAAAACUAUAAGACAGUUACCCCGGUGUUGAUAGUUUAGAUUUAUCAACUGCUGGUUAGAUUUUAUGAACAGUUUUCUAAAAUGAAAUGAGCUAGUGGAAGUUGGAGUGCAUAUGCAUAAGAGAUGAUGUAUUCUCUCCUGAGAAACCAGUUAUUUACUUGAAAAUAAGCACAGGUGGAGCGAGUUCCUGGCCUACGAAGUCUCACUCAGCAUGAUGACACCUGAUGCACAGCGGUCUUCCUCGGUGCUCACGAAUAUAAGGAAGAGUAGGAAAAUUGCUUUCUUGGGUAUAUGCAUUAACUUGAAUAGUUCAAGGUGUUUAUAGAGCUAAUACAUAAAAUAAAAGCAAAUUUAACUCAGAGUUAUUUGUGCACUGCCAUUGAAAACAAACCGAGUGUUGGCUUUCUAGACCAGACAGAAAAACUAGCAAAAGAGAAAAUAGUUUCUAAGAUAAAUAGGUAAUUCCCCGGAUUGAAUGGUAGCAGCCCUUUCAGAUGUUUUUGACAAAGACUGCAUUCACCUUUGGAUUUCCUGUGGAGUGUCUCUGUACCUUGGUGAUCAUACAACAAUGUUGGCGUCAUCUUUCUGAAAGUACCCCAACCAAAACCAGGACUCAAAGUUAUUUAGAUAGAUUCGUCGCAUCUAAUAAAAUUCAUUGGUUAUUUUGGAAGGGCUGAGUUAAGAGCAUCUGACCAUCAAGUACCAGUUGAUGCUAGCAUGGCAGUUAUCCUCCCAUCAAAACCACAGCUGGUUUUUUUUUUUUUUUCCCCAGAAAUGUUCCAAGGAAUAUUUGGGGUCUGGUGUGACACAAUUUUAAGUAUCAAAACCAAAAGGGCACGUAACUUUUUUCAAAUGUCCUCUCAUCCUUGCGUUCAGCCACUUUGUUUGUAAACAGGAAGCAGAAACAACUAAAUCAUUUGGAAAGACCCAUUGAGAAGUUGUGGUGAAGUAAAAUGCCGGCUUCACUCUGCCGCAUCUCAUGAUGUGGCUUUUAAGGCCUUCCUUGAGCCAUGCUAAAGCAAGCUAGCAAGAGAAGAGGAAGAUGAAAGGGAGACAGAAGUUCUGUGCUGGGCCCAGUACAAAUUGUGUGGGAAUAAUCAGUUCUCCACAGCCAUCUAGUGAGGGUGAGAGAAAACCUACAGAAAUCCCAAGCUAAGAGCUAGGAAGUGUCAAAAGCAAAAAUUUGGUUCUCAAAUGAUUUUAUAGUUUCAGACACAGUCAGUGGCUUUGGAUCUCUGUUGAUGGACUCCAGUUGAGGGUAAAGAAUCUGUACUGUUUUUUCAAUAGGGAGUUAAAUAUUUUGAAGAAGGUCAUUCGUACUUCUUUUAACUAUAAUUAUGAUGCAGUUGAAGGAUGUUAUUAAGGAAAAGAAAGUUACAAGAAACACCAUCACCUAAGCCAAGAAGUCUGCCACAAGGAAUCACUGUUAACUAUUGUGUUAUUCUUUUUCUAGACAAAAUCUUCCUACUCAAUUCCAUGCCAAAUAAUUUGUGUGAUAGUGAUUCCAGCAUUAUGUAAAAUUGAAGAGAGUGACAAAAUGUAUUUGCAGUAUAGUUUCAUUUGUGUGAGACACCUGCUUUCAAAAUUUAUGACUAGAUAAAUGUCUCCUAUAUGUGAUAUUCUGUGCCUUGGAAUUGACCCAGAUAAUAAGUGUUUUGUUCUGUUUUUAAUUUAUUUCUUCUGUUUUUUGUUUUGAAAUAGGGAUACACAGGUAUGUAAGGAAAGUUGAAUUGAGUAAUAUGUUCUUAUAUAUCAAGAGGUUUAGGUUGACUCAUUUAAUAAAUAAUUUUAAACUAUA